UAAGAGUUUAUGCCGUUUUCCGUUUAUUUUAUAUUUUAUACUUUAUAGUUGUUAUUACUUAUUACUACUAUGAGUAAUUACUUGUUACUUAUUGGCUUUAGUACCUUAUUGUAAUAAUACCUUGUACCUAUUAUUCGAAUUUAAAUUGCCAAAAAUCCCAAUAAUAUCAAUCUUUUAGUUAUCGGAUUUUAUUUUUUAUAUCUUAAUGACUUAUUAGAAAUCGACUAUUAAUUUUAAAUAAAUAAACUGAACCAUUGAAUAUUAAACAAUUUGUCUACUUGUUAAUCUUUUCACCAUUGAUAUGUUUCGCUUUGAUGGAUUGUGACAUAUUUAUUACUUUUUAAAGAUAAUUAAUAAUACUAUGCAUUAGAGUUUCCAUGCUAUUUAAAUUUUAUUUUGAAUGGACAUUAUGUUAAAAACAAGUAUUAUUACACAUUCUUUGAUUGUCUAUACAGUGUUUUUGCUGUAGUUCAGCUAUUUAAAAAUCUGAUACAUCAGUCAAGUAAUCUAACUUUCUUAAUGAGUGGGUAAGCCUAAAGGUGUAUUAUGUUAUUAUUAAGUACACUAUGUAUACUUAAGUAUACUAACAACAAUAUCAAAAAUAUUACUUGGUACAUACUUGUUAUUAAAUUACAAUGUUUACUGUAUACACUUGAUGUAAUAUUAUACUCUAACCCGGUGUUGUUAAACUGGUAACACAUUGUGCAAUGAUUUACUCAUGGAAAAUGUUGUCUUAUAUCAUACUAUCUAAACAACUUACAUGAUGCACAUCAGAUUAUAAAAUGUUGGUAAUUUUUUAACUACUUAAUAAUUAUGAGAUGUGACUAUAUAAGAUUAACCGAGGACAGACCUACAACACUGUGUAGUUUGGCUGAAUGGGCGAUUGUUUUUUGCUGAGUAUGAAAUCAGAAUUGAUACUAAUGAAAUAAAAAACAAUGAGACUGACGUAAACAAAUUUACUUUGUUUGUGAAAUCAUAGACCUAUAAAGAAGGUAGAUCUUUAUAAGGUCUAUGGUGGAAAUACAAAGGAUUACCUACACACACAAAUAUUGAAAUAUGUAACUAGCAAAUCUUAAACAAUCAAACCUAUGAAACUGUUAAUAGUUUUAAUGCUUGUAUUUAAUGAGUUAAAGAAAAUGGGAUUACAGCUUGAUAAUUUUAAGUAAAUUAUGUGAUUAUGCUAAUAACAAAUCAUUCCUGACUAAAAAAUAAUGUCCAUAGAAAUUUAACACAUAAUUAUUGUUGUCUGUAGGUAGUUGUAAUAAUUAAGUAACAAAUUUCCUAUAAUAGGUAAACUUUUCCAAUAACUUGACGUGAUCAGAUUCUAGUAUUAAUUCUACAUAUUAUAUUGAAUUCCCAAGUAUAUACUGUAUAUUUAUAAGAGUGAAUAAUAAAUAUAAUAUAUUAUUUAUAUAGUAAUUUAAUACUUACCGGAUUUUAAUUUUUUUAGGUAUUACGUUCCAUUUAAUUUAAAUAUAUAUAUAUUAUAUUAUAUUUACCAAUAUUUAAAAUGAAAAAGGUGGAAUAUCAAUAUGUGCCAUUGCAUCGUUUUGAAAUAUUUUGCUAUAUAGUUAUAUGGGCUUCAGGCAUAAUUUGUGCUGCUUAUAAUUUAUUAGAUGUCAGCUUCAGUUUGAAUAAUUCAGAGAUACCCGACUUAGUACCUGGAUGGUCUUGGCUUGGUCGAAGAAAAGAUACUUGUUCAGAAUGGAAAAUAUGGACUACAUUUCUUAUUUUCUCAUUAGGUCCAUGGGUUAUUUUACAUUCGUCAAUUCUACUAAUAAUACAACAUUAUUUUUCAAAGAUACCAACAAUUCGUGAUGUAUGGUUUAUUACUGUUACAAGUUUAUGUAUAGCUUAUAAUUUUGGAUUAUUAUCAGUCUUCUUAUUUUUUGGUCUGACUAUGAUUUAUUACUGUUUAUUAUUACUUGGUAAUCAAUUUUCUAUUUGGAUUACAAGCAUAUUGUUAUUAGGAGUUUGGUCAUACAAUGAUUCUUUAUUUACCAUUUUCGACCCUAGUUCAGAUGGAGAGAUCGCAUAUUUAUUACUUUUGACAUUAUACUGGCAUCAACUGCGCUGUAUAAGUUUUUCACUUGGCUCAUUGGAUAAAGCUAAAAGUAAAACUUUGCCAAAUUGUCUACACUUUUUAGCAUAUUCAUUUUACUUACCAUGUUUUUUCUUUGGACCAAUAAUUAUUUACAAAAACAUUAAUGAUGCAAAUACAAAUACUACCAUGAAACCAUUAUAUCAACGUUUGACAAAACUCAUAAUAAAUUUGAUUAGAUACUUUUUUUGGAUGUUUUUUACUGAGUUCAUACUACAUUAUGUUUAUAUUAAUAUGUUUUUACAAAAUAUUAAAGUAUUUAAACAUUUUGGAAUUACUGCACUUAGUGGGUUUGGUUUUGGAAUGGGACAAUUUUUUUUUAUUAAGUACACAUUCAUUUAUGGUACUGUUAUUACAGUUGCAACAUUUGAUCAAUUCAUUGAACCUCCAAAGCCACCAAAAUGCAUUUCACGGAUUUAUUUAUAUUCUGAUAUGUGGCGAAGUUUUGAUCGAGGACUUUACAACUUCUUAAAAGAGUACAUUUAUAGACCAUCUGGAUAUCAUUCUGAAAAUGUUAGAGUUGGUACCAAAUUAACUAGAUCAUUUAUGUGUUUUGCAUUUAUUUUCAUUUGGCAUGGAUUAUCAUGGGAAGUUUUCUUAUGGACUCUAUUCAACUUCAUAGGCAUCACAGUAGAAACCUUAGCAAGGAUUUUUGGAAAAACUUCUUACUAUUUCCACUAUGUUAAAUGCAAUCUAAGUGACCCUAAUGAAAGGCGGUUUUUAGCACUUAUAACCAGUCCUUUAACAAUGCUAUCGGCCAUUUCAAACUUUUUCUUUUUUGGUGGUAUUGACGCUGGUUUGAGUUAUUUUGAAGCAAUAUUUUUACUAAAUACAUGGAUUGAAAACAUCAUUAUUAUCAUAAUAUUUUAUUCAAUGUGUCAAAUAUCUAUAGAAUUCAACCAUUAUAAAAAAUCAAAAAAACAAUAAAUUAUAUAUAUAUAUUAUAUCUUAAAUAAGGUACAUAUUUUAUUCAAUUAACACAAAGUAUUAAAUUUAAAAUAAAUAUUAAUCGGUACAAUUUAUAUACUAAAUGUACUGUAUUACAGUUCCUAUAUUUGAUAUUGUA